UGGCAAAUAUACCAAUCAUGAAAUAUGAAAUUGUUUUCAUGCAGUUUGCAGUUCCUCUCAACAGAUACAAUUCCAAAUUUUUCGCCUCUAAACCAACGAGAAGACUUAUUACAUCACAAAAUUCGUAUGCUGAGCAAUUUAUAGGAGAACCUUAUGUCUAUACCAUUAAUAUAUCGAAUGUCACUGAAGUGGAUAGAGUUAUGAAGAAAAUUAUGACAAACACGUUAAAACCAUAUCUUCCUUAUGAAUAUACUCACGAAGGAAUGUUGGAAAGAAUAAGUGCACAAGUUGAACAUCUUGAAUUCUGUGAAGACAGCCAAUGGCCACCAUUACGGAAUAUGAAAACAAUCAAAGGAAAAUUUGGCCAGUCUUGUAAAGAUGCAUGCUGGGAGAACGGAAUGCUAUGUGAACCAUCAUACUGGAACGUUUUAAAUAAACUGAGUACGUUUAAAAGGUAAGGCCUGAAAAACACCUAACAAUUAUGGUAA